CCAGAGGCCGGUCGAACGCGUGACGUCACUGUGGUGCUGUGUGUUCCUUUCCGUGCCACGCGUUGUGCAGCGAUAUUUACUUGGUGAAAGUAUCAGCGAUACCUAAGAAUGGCGCCAAAAAAAGUUGAAGAGCCCGAAAGGAAACCACUUAUCGGCCGCGUGGGUACCAAUUUAAAAGUUGGUAUAGUAGGCAUACCGAACGUAGGGAAAUCAACUUUCUUCAAUGUUCUCACCAAAAGCCAGGCAGCUGCUGAGAAUUUCCCAUUCUGCACCAUCGAUCCCAAUGAAAGUCGAGUACCCGUGCCCGACGCGAGAUACGAUUAUUUGUGCGAGUAUUUCAAGCCGGCUAGCAAAGUUCCAGCUUUCUUGAACGUGGUGGACAUCGCUGGACUGGUCAAAGGCGCCGCCGAGGGACAGGGCUUGGGAAACAGUUUCUUAUCGCACAUCAACGCCUGCGAUGGCAUUUUCCAUCUUUGUCGGGCGUUCGACGACGACGACGUCACCCACAUCGAGGGGGACGUGAAUCCCGUGAGGGAUCUCGAGAUCAUCAGCGAGGAACUGCGACUGAAAGACAUCGAGUUCCUCAAUGGUCAUCUCGAGAAAUUGGAAAAGCUCGUUGUUCGCGGAAACGACAAGAAACUGAAGCCUGAAUACGACACGCUGCUGAAAGUAAAGGGCGUAAUGGUGGACGAGAAAAGGCACAUCAGGUUCGCCGACUGGAGUGCCACCGAUAUCGAAGUUCUUAAUAAAUAUCUAUUCCUCACGUCGAAACCAGUUAUUUAUUUGGUCAAUCUCUCGGAAAAGGAUUAUAUACGUAAAAAGAACAAGUGGCUGAUCAAAAUAAAGGAAUGGGUCGAUAAGAACGAUCCUGGAGCUGUAUUAAUCCCUUUCAGUGGUGCUUUCGAAAACAAGCUUGUCGACAUGAACGAGGCCGAACGGGCGAAAUAUUUGGAAGAACAGAAAGCUACUAGCGCCCUUGACAAGAUUAUCAUUCAAGGAUACAAAGCGCUGCAGUUGCAAUACUUCUUCACGGCGGGCCACGACGAAGUCAAAGCGUGGACGAUUCAGAAAGGUACGAAAGCGCCCCAAGCCGCAGGAAAGAUUCAUACGGACUUUGAAAAGGGAUUCAUUAUGGCUGAAGUAAUGAAGUACGAUGACUUUAAGAACGAAGGGUCAGAGGCUGCGGUCAAAGCUGCUGGAAAAUAUAGACAGCAAGGACGCAAUUACGUGGUCGAAGAUGGAGACAUCAUCUUCUUUAAGUUUAACGCCGGUGCUGGACUAAAAGACGCGAAGAAAAAGUGAUGACACGCGUUGCUCAUGUUGUUGCUCGUUCAUUUGUACAUCAACAUGAUCCUCAUGUUUUGUUGCACGCGCGACAUGCGUGUGAAACCUCCGGAAUCGCUUAAAAAUAUCCCAUGAUUUGUUUUUCUUUUUACAUUGUUUCCAAACGAUACGCGCUACUGUCGAUGACGAUAAUAACAUUUUUAUAGCGAACGCUUAAUACAGGAGUAAAUAUUUUUACAUGUUUCGUUAUACGAUGGAAACAACAAAAAGGUCCUUCCUUCGCGUGACUCGAAUCAUUUUUCGCAGUCUUCUAUCGUAUCAACGUUGGUAAUUAUCGUUAGGAGGAAUCGUGGCAUUUGUUUUAUGUUACACAACGAUUCGGAAUACGGAAAAGUUAUGCUUCAAAGUUGCUAGGUGUAAAUAAAUAAUAGCGGCUUCACGAUACAAUGUUAUGCUUCUAUUACUCCGAGCAACCAGUGACAAGAAUGGGGAAUGCGAAAAAGAUGAGACGGUAACUCGUGUUCUUGAAUGUUUCUUUGUAUGUUCUCCAUAUUUAUUCUAUAAAUACAUUUACUUAAAAAGGAAUAAUAAAUUCAGUCCUGCACCUUUC